UUGAGAUACAAAAAAAGCACACACAUCGGCCUCUCGUGGAUUUGCAAAAACAAAACUGCAAAAAUACGUACCUCCCUGGACGUAUUUCACGAUCUCCAGAUUCGUCCACGGGACUACAUUUUCAGAAUGACCCUGGGUUGUUGAAAAUACAUUUAAAGUGCACCUACAAGAUUUGACCCCAUUUAAUCCUAGUUGAUAUAAGCACCUUCUGUCUUGUUGAUAUGAUUAUAUGGAGAAAUGUUAAUACAAGGCUGUCAAUAAAUUCGUGAGGCAAGGAAACAGCACUUUUACGUCACGUUGCAUUGGGCCUCAAAAUGGGUGGGAUUUGGCUCCUAUUUUAACGUCAGGAAAUUGUAAAAAGAGACUUAUUGUGUUUAUAUCACUCCAAUUUGACUGUGGACACAUACUAUACCUGCACACAUAUCUGUCCAAACAGCUUACAAAAGAUGAUUUUUAUCAUAGUUGCAUUUUAAUUAAUUUUGAGUACAGAAAAACAUUCUACCAAUCAAGUUGUUACUAGAAAGAAAAAAAAAAACAUGCCCAUAAUGUGUCCAAAGUGCAAUACUUCAUGCAUGUAUCAUUUAUCAUCAUUGCAGUAAUGACACACCAACAUAUCUGGCCUAGUUCAGGGCCAGUUACGGAUUAUUAACUUGGCUGAAACUUGGCCCAGAUAUGGUGCAUGUUUGGCCUUUGUCUGGAAGCCAUAUUUGGUCCAGUCAUGUACUGUACUUCACUGCAGCAUAUGGGCCAAGCUAAAGCUGAUUGUGUAGACCAGAGCUGAGCCAGAGUAAUUUUGCUAUGUGGGCAUCCAUGCUUACAUUUUUAGGUUAGGCAUUAAUACUAAAACGAAAUAUUAAUAAUUAAUGAUAUUACAUAUGCAAUAAUAUUCCUCCACUCAUCUCUCUAUCACUGUUUUUUUUUCUCUUUUUCUCUUAGAUGUACAUUUCAUAAAAUCAGUUUCACUACAUUUCUAAAGGACCGUGUAUGGCAUCUCUAAGCAAUUUGACAGAUUAGACAAUCCAACAAACUAUAAAAUAAAUUCAUUAUACUUAUGGCAUCCAUUUCCCCUUGACAUUCCUUUAUUAUAAACCUCUGAUAUCCAGUUGUUCUCACAAAUCUAAAUGAGGGUGCCACGUCAAUACUGUUUGGCAAUUGUGGAUCAAGGCAUUGCCAUUGACAGAAUCUGACUAAGUUAGCAUAAGAUGCUAACUGCUAAGAAUAAUUUGCCCAUUCAUGUCAUCUCCCAUCAACCUUGUAAACCUUCUGAUUGACUUACAUUAAAAAUGUCCAAUUUACACAUGAAUUAGAACUCCUAUUAGUUCAAUUUCAAGUGUUAUUAUUUGCAACUUUGAAAAAGUAGCACAGUGUCAAGAAUGGCAGUAUUGCCGGUAAGAUUCACCAAAACUAAAAGAGACAAGCUAGCCCAGGUCUUGUGGGUGCUCAACUGGAUUUCUGUUGUAACGGGAAUCAUCCUCUUUAGCUUGGGCAUCUUUCUGAAAGUGGAAAUUUAUAAGCGACAGGAUCUAAUGGCCGAGGGUCAACUCCAAUCUGUCCCAAACAUGCUGAUUGUGGUGGGUCUUAUAGCCUGUGUGAUUAACUUUCUGGGUGGAAAGAUCUGCUAUGACUGUGUGGACUCCAGUAGGUUCCUGCACUGGAAGUUGGUGAUGUUGCCGUACAUCAUUUGUAUGUUUUUCUUCACUUUGAGCGUGUUGGUGGGUGCGCUGAUGUGCUACAGCAUGCACAGCCAGCUGGAGGAGUCGCUAACAUUAGGGUUACGUGACGCUAUGCGCUACUACAAGGACACGGACACACCGGGACGCUGCUUCUUGAAGCGCACAGUAGACCUGCUGCAGAUGCAGUUCCAGUGCUGUGGGAAUGAGGGAUUCAGAGACUGGUUUCAGAUCCAGUGGGUCAGCAACCGGUACCUGGACAUGUCGCAGCGGGAGGUGGUUGAUCGUCUUCGGAGCAAUGUUGAAAGCAAAUACUUAAUGGACGGAGUUCCCUUCAGCUGCUGCAACGUCAACUCCCCUCGGCCGUGCAUUCAGCACCAAAUCAGCAAUAACUCCGCUCACUUUAACUAUGAUUACCAGACGGAGGAGCUCAACCUGUGGAUGAGGGGAUGCCGGCAAGCUCUGCUACAGUAUUACACUAACAUCAUGCACUCCAUCGGCCUCAUGGUUCUCAUCAUCUGGCUCUUUGAGCUGUCAGUGCUGACCGGCGUGCGUUACCUUCAGACGUCUCUGGAGAACGUGCUGCGUCAGGGGGACCCAGAAUGCGAGUCUGACGGGUGGCUCCUGGAGAACAGCUUUGUGGAAACGGCUCGCUCCAAUUUUAACAUCAUCAAACACCUCAGCAAAUUCAAUCAAAUCAACACGGCCAGCAAUAGAGAUCCAAACACUGACAGACCAUCUACAGCACACUAUGGGCCCGACAAUGUGCCUCCAAAACCUCAUCCAGCAGACGGUUAAUGAACUGUCCAGAAUGAUUCUUCUGGAGAAAGGACUGAAAUCUGAUACUAAAUGACUUUAAUGUUUAGCAUUUUAGUUUAUGGUUCCCAGAAUACUCAUUUUAAGGUUUGUUUUAGACCAAGCAGAAACUUAAGUAGAAUAUUAUUAUUUUUUUUUUUUUGUGAAAAAUUAUUCUAACAUCAUUUGCUAAAUGUUGCUCUAAUGCUUUCCUAAUAUUUCUAGAACAAUCCCAUAAUCUUUUUACUCCAGCAUGUCAAUUAUCAACUCUAUGCAAACUGUAUUCUCAAUUUUUUAUGCCUUUAUAUUUUCAUACACUAAUUUUCACAAAUAAUCCAGGUGCUAUCGUCAUCAGCACUAAAUUAAACAUUCUAGGUUCCUUACAAUGUAAUAUAUAUAUUUUUUUAAAGACAAAUGAAUACACAAUUAUGAAUUAUUAAUAAAUAUGUGAUUGUAUCUUCAAUUGUACAAUUGUAUAUACUCUUGUAUAUACAGUUAGGUCCAAAUUAAUUGGACAGCAACAUGAUUCUAAAAUGUUUGGCUUUAUACACACACAAUGAAUUUGAAAGGAAACAAACAUGAUGGGGUUUAACUGCAGACUGUCAGCUUUAAUUUGAGGGUAUUUACAUUCAAAUCAGGUGAACGCUGUAGGAAUUACAAGUUCACAUAUGUGCCUCCCACUUUUUAAGGGUCCAAAAGUAAAAGGACAAGUGGCUUCUAAGCUUAUUAAAGCUGUAUGACACUUAUUUUAGAAAAUCAAUCCUGCUUAAUAUGGUUACAUUAUUGAAACCCCUAUAAAUAUAAUUUUAAAAUAAACCUAAAAUAUCUUUUAUAAACGGGGAAUCUUUACAAAUAUAUCAGAAAUCAUCUUGCCAUCUUGGAAAUAUAGUUGUAAUUAUAUUGUUUGUAUUUUUGAUCUUAACUUAGUACAGCUUAUAGCUAAAUAAGAAUGAUUUUACAACACACUCUUAAGGCCUGUAAGUUAACGUACAAGUGAAAACUUGAAGUACUGUUUUAAAUAACAAGGCAACGCAUAACGAAGCCUUUAAAGUCUUAAAAUGCCUCUCUUUGAGACUGCAAAAGUUUAAUCAUUUUACAAUUUAGAAAUUCUCAUACACAGUAAACUGUAUAAAAACUGAAGAGUACCACUGGAUUUGUUUAGAACUCAGAUUUGUUUAAAGCACAAAAUGUAUAUUGUAGUUUUCUCUCUUUUUUUGCAAAGUUUUCAUGAAAACAACAAGUCAGUUUACCCAUUACAUGUACAAAAACAAGCCUUGGUCUCGUGCCUAAAGCAAGAUAUUGUUAUCACUACUGAAAACAUGACACCAACAGCCUCUAAAACGGUUUUCAAAGAUGGAUAUUUUUGAUGUACUUAUGCACUGUAUACUAAUUUACUUUUUAAGGUUUUAAACGCACACCCACACCUAAGAUUGAUAUGAAUAUAAUAAUGCAGUAUAUAAAUAUCUAAAAUAAAUAAAUAAUGUAAAAAAAAUUUAUUAUUUGUUUAAUACUUAAUACUCAUUUUUAAGAAUAUAAUUCACUGUAUUGGUUGCAUGUAUUGUAAUAAUGCAUCUUCAUUAUAGUUCCAUUUACUCCUUUUACUCACACUCAAGUUGUUCUAAAGUCCUGUUUGUGUGUGUGUGUGUGUGUGUUCAUAAACUUUGUAUCAACAUUGUGCGUGACUCAUCGUUGCAACUCCACAACAAAUACAUCAAAUAAAAAUCAUUGGGAAAGUUCUUACUUUA